AAAAAAAAAAAAAAGAAGAAAAAAAAAACUCUCUCUUCUCUCUCUCUCCCUCUCUCUCUCUCGCAUAUCUUCGGUAAUACCAGGUUUUUGGUUGCAUUUAAUUUUUGAGCUUGAAAUUUCGUGAAGUUACCAAGCACCAGCUAGAAUGCAGGCAUCGAGGGCAAGGCUAUUCAAGGAAUACAAAGAGGUUCAGCGAGAGAAAGUAGCUGACCCAGAUAUUCAACUUGCUUGUGAUGACAACAACAUAUUUAAGUGGACUGCUCUUAUCAAGGGACCAUCAGAGACUCCGUAUGAAGGUGGUGUAUUCCAGCUUGCUUUUGCAGUCCCCGAGCAGUACCCUCUACAACCUCCGCAAGUGAGGUUCUUAACGAAAAUUUUCCAUCCAAAUGUGCACUUCAAGACAGGUGAGAUUUGCCUCGAUAUCUUGAAGAACGCAUGGAGCCCAGCUUGGACACUCCAAUCUGUCUGUAGGGCUAUUAUUGCUUUGAUGGCGCAUCCGGAACCUGAUAGUCCCCUCAAUUGUGAUUCUGGCAAUCUUCUGCGAUCUGGUGAUAUCAGAGGAUACCAAUCAAUGGCAAGGAUGUACACUAGGCUUGCUGCUAUGCCUAAAAAAGGCUGAAGUAUAUGGUCUGGAUUUUGCAUUUGCUUUUUCAUCCUUUUGGAUCGCCAUGUGUGCGGUCUCUUGCUUGUGGUACUAAAAACAAAUAUUGAAAAUUAUUUAUGGGUCUCUUGUGUCAAAAUCUUGAUACUUAGCAUUGAUCUUGUUUGUUGUAAUAACGAGGACAAAGAACCAUUCCAAACAAUUAGUAUAAAAGGUGCAACUCUUACUGUUUACUUAA